GCGCCGCAUUGAGCUUUCGGGAGCUUUUCUGGAGCGCGCGAGAAUACACGUCGGGCUUACGACAUUGUUUCAAUUUGAAAUUUAUUUGUUGACUUAUUCCAUGGUUAUUGUACAAGUUCUAAAAUUUAAAUAAUCCAUACACAAUAUUCUUUAAAAGAAACAAAAAUUUUUUAUGUAAAAAGACUAAAAAUAAAAUGACAGGCUGGAAAGUGGCGAAAAAAAAUAAAAACUGAAGAAUAAAAAUUGACGUUCGAAUUUGAAAUCUUCGUUUAAAAUUCAAAAUGUCUCUGGGCAAGCAGCAAGGGGAGCACAUCAAGCGGCCCAUGAACGCCUUCAUGGUGUGGUCACGGGGUCAGCGCCGCAAGAUGGCCCAGGACAACCCCAAGAUGCACAAUUCAGAGAUUUCGAAGCGGCUAGGCGCCGAGUGGAAGCUGCUCACCGAAAUGGAAAAGCGGCCGUUCAUUGACGAAGCAAAGAGGUUGAGAGCACUACACAUGAAAGAGCACCCCGACUACAAAUACCGACCAAGACGGAAACCCAAGGCCUUGAUCAAGAAAGAACCAAAGUUCGGCUUCGGCAUCAGCGGCCUCAUGGCCCCCGUGCCCCGCUUAGUGACCCCCUCGGUGCCCCACCCGGUGCCCCCCUUGUCGAUGCCCCACCACUUGCUGCCGGACAAGCCUGAGCUGGGCCGAGCGCUGUUCCCACCACUACCGUACCCGUUCUACCCAUUUGCGAAGAUACCAGCUGACGAUGGCAAGCUAGCGGCGGAGUUGGCGCAUUUACAGAUGUUCUCCUACCAGGCCCUGUACGGCGGCGCGCUCUACAGCAGCGCUCUCUACAACAGCGCCUUAUCUCCCUGCGGAUGUCCUCCCAGAAGGACACCGUCGCCUCCUCCCGCUGACGUAAAGCGACCUGUGGCCUACGUCCUCAUGAAGGACGAGGAACCGCCCCAGCACGUCAUAUGAAGGCCGGUCGCCCUCCCAGCCAGGGUCUGGCCCGGGCAUUGGGAGAGGCCUUCCACUUCUGUGCAGGAACGAGAGACCAGCUCGCCGGAUAGCGUUUGAAGAGACUGUUGUGACUGGUUAGUUCAAGGAUUGUCAAUUGUUAUGGUGUGGACGUUCAGUGUUGGGACAUUCGGGGAGUGAAGCGGUGCAGUGUUUUUGAAUUGAUGAACUGGAAAAUGUUUUUGACUUUGUAAAGCAAUUUACCCUAAUUCACGUUAUGGAAAUAAAAUAAAAGCAAUCACCUGGAUCUUAAACAAACAUUUUGAUAGUGAAAUUGUAUUUUAACCAAUACAAUUUUGCUGAAAAUAAUUCAUAUACUGUCUUACUGGUACACCUUGCUGGCGCUGUAGUACAAUUUUAAAAAAUUUAUGUGACAGGUUACGAGAGGCAGUCAUAUUUAGAUUAUUUGCAAAUGGUGUCCAUUUCUGCGCACAUGGUUGUCCUUCUUUCUACCAUAUAAAAAAUACUUCUAAAUAUAAAAAAAAUGAACUUGUAAUACCAACGACCUUUCGAAAAUAGAGAUAGACUCUUGGGGUCAUUUCAUGGUGAUUGCCUUCAACAGUAGAGUGCAAUAGAAAUUCACUAUUUUGUGCAAUGUACAGACGUAGAGACGUCUUUUGAAUAGAUAACAUAUCAUAGAGUUUAGUAGCACUAGGUUUAGCUAGGGAAUUAACGUCAAUUUUGUAAAAAAAGACUUCUAGCUCGGUUUGUUUAUCACUACACCACAUAAAUGUAUUGAACAGUGACACAAAUAAUGGAUGUAUCAAUAUGUAAUACACGUAAUAAGUAGGGUGGCAUAUUAAUAAAAUGUUACAAAUAAAAUCAACCCGGGUCUGUAUUUUAAUUUGUACUUAUACAAUCUUAAUUGAAACAAAUAUUUUUGAAAUACGUUUGUAAUUUUCGCCUUUCUAAAAAAAUAUCGCUACUAAAAGCCCACCCUAUAUUACUUUAUCUUAUGCACGCCAUACAGAUUAAACAUAUCGAUUAUUGUAAAUAUUAGACUAAGAUAUUUAGACAAAUAUUGCCUAAAAAUUUCAAAGAAUUAUGUGGUUAUUAUUACACUCUUAACACUGUAAGUUUUCUUUAUAAAGUUACAUGUUGAAAUUUUUUGGGUGAUAUGAAUAAUAAUGUUCUAAGUUAUUGUUGUUAUUAAUUGGAUUUAAGACUAAGUUUCAUAAUAUUGUUUUUUUUUACAGAGAGCAUAGCAAUGACGAAAAUUUACUGUUAUAUUAAGGUCUGUCUGCAAUUCAUUAAGCAAACCCAUGCAAAGUUACGAUAAUUUUUGUUUUCUGCUGAUUUAUAAAUCGAAUGAAGUUAUGAAUUUUAAAUAUAGUUUUUUUUGUUUGUUGCUCUUUAUACUUUUAAUUACAUUUAUUGUACUUUUUACCACCUUUAUCAACCAAAAACAGUUUCUAUAAAGAUCAUGAAUACUUGUGAAUAAAUUCUUUACUCAUAGUAAUAUGUUUAAGGUUUAUAAUUUUUGUAAUUAAUGUUGGUUUCUCAAAUAUAUUGUUACAUUGUAUAUUUUAUUUGUUAUUGUUAUUUUGUAAAACAUUUGUACGUUACUAUUUUUAAGUUUUAAUUUUGUCAUUUGAGUUUCGGUUAACAUUAUGAAACAUGAAAAUAAAGGAAUAUACACU